AUGUACUCGGCGCCGCCGGUGCUCCCGCCCAAGCCGGGCAGCCACGAGGCCAGCCGCAUGGGCACGCCGGCCGCGUCGUCGCAGUCGCCGCGCCCGCCGCCGUUCCCGGACCAGCAGGGCGGCGGCCUGCCCGAGGCCGCGUCGGGCGCGCAGCAGCCGGAGCAGAUCCCAGAGGACCCGGGCGACCAGUGGCUGCCUAAGAUGCUCGAGGACAGGUCAAAGCAAGACCUGGCCGACAUACUCUCCACCCCAGCCCUCCUCUCCGCCCUGACGCACGGCCCCGGGGCGGCGCACGCGUCCCUCGCGGCGCGGCGGUCGGCGCUGGCGUCGGCGCUGGCCGCCAACUGGCACGCGCGCCUGCGCGACGCCGACGCGGCGCUCGCGCCCUUUGCGCCCGACGGCCUGUACCUCCGCCUCGCGCAGGCGUGCCAGGAGCAGGCGGCCGUGUGCGACGCGCUCGAGGAGAGCUUUCUUGACCGGCAGCAGCACCGGCGGCAGCGGCAGCAGCAGCAGCAGCAGCAGCAGCAGCAGCAGCAGCAGCAGUAUGGUGGGCGACGCGGGGGUGGCGGUGAGGAUGAUGAUGGGGGCGACGACGAUGACGACGACGGAGGUAGCAGGAGGCGGCGCGGCGGCGGCGGCGGUGGUGGUGGUGGUGGUGGUGGUGGUGGUGGUCGGGACAACGACGCCCCCGCGACAGAGAGGGAGACGCUCGACUGGGUGCGGCAGUACCGCGAGGCGAGGAAGCUGCUGUACCUGAGGCGGGAGCGCAAGGAGAGGUGGGACGAGGGGCGCGUCGGCGGGUGGCGCUGAGGGUCGGUAAAGAGACCUUCUUCCUUGUGCAUGUUUCUUUUGGGAGCUCAUAAUAGAGUGAGAGGACACGCGGCAAAACUCCUUGGGGACGCGAUUUUGCAUUAUUGGUCAUGAGAACGGCCCCUACGAUUUGCGCGGGGAUUCUCGGCAGUAGCCUGAACAUGGCGAGGCUGUUGCCACCCCGAGGCGCAUUAUUCUAAAGAAACCUGACGCACCUGCCAGAAGACGGUCAAAUAGAAGAACAAAAACUACGCCAACCUUUCUGCUCGGCCGAAAUGAAUCCCCGGCCAAACCCGAGUGUGCUUCUAACCAAAUGAUACAUAGUUUUCCUGGGCGGCAUCUAGUCAUGAACUCAUCCAUUCCAACUUUUUUUUUUUUCACACAAAAGC